AGACCUGAUGCACGAGUCAAGGCGACGCGCAGCGGAGAUGAAGCCGGGCUCCGAUUGGUUCUGAUUCUUAAAAGCCCUUUUCAUUCAAGAGGCUGUCCAUUAUCAGCAUGGCAGAACCGUCGGUUUCAGUACCACCUAGAAAAAUGGCGUCACUUAGCCGGGUCCGAGCCUUAACUUUGAUUUUCUUAACUGCAAGCAGUUAUUUAAUUACCCCGACAAGUGGCAAGGAAGGAGGAGGAGGAGAGGAGACGGUCAUCAUCGGGCUGAGACUGGAGGAUACGGACGACAUUUCUUUUAUGGACAGGGGCUUUUUGCGGGUCAGCGAGAGGUCUCGGGUGAGAUUAAGAGUGUACGGGCAAAAUAUCAACAAUGAGACGUGGUCCAAAAUCGCCUUCACGGAACACGAGAGGAGUCGAGUUAUUGGAAACCUCGACAGCUCCUCAGGCGACAACAACAGUCAGGAGGAGACGUCGGGCUUGCACCCCUGUGGCAUUAGGACUUCAGAUAUUUUAAUCUUGCCCAACAUCAUUAUAAAUCGCAAGACGUCUGGCAUCGUGGAAAUUGAGGUCAAACCUCUGCGAAAGACAGAGAAAAGCAAAGCCUACUACCUGUGCAUCGCCACUUCCACACCUGCCGUGGCUGGCAUGCACGACCCCUGGACAGAAAACACGUGGAUCUAUCACGACGGAGAGGACACCAUGGUGAUCGUGGUGGAGGAGAGAAAGUUUCUGCUCCCUUUCUGGCUUCAGGUGAUCUUUAUUUCAAUGUUGCUCUGCCUCUCGGGCAUGUUCAGCGGGUUAAACUUGGGUCUGAUGGCGCUUGAUCCCAUGGAGCUGCAGAUCGUCCAAAACUGCGGGACGGAGAAGGAGAAAAACUAUGCCAGGAAGAUCGAACCCGUCAGGAGCCAAGGGAAUUACCUGCUGUGCUCGCUUCUCUUGGGGAAUGUUCUGGUGAACACCACCUUGACCAUCUUGUUGGAUGAUAUAGCCGGUUCUGGAUUGAUAGCUGUAGUGAUGUCCACCAUUGGCAUUGUCAUAUUCGGAGAGAUUGUUCCUCAAGCUAUAUGUUCACGACACGGUCUUGCUGUCGGUGCGAAUACAAUCUUCCUGACCAAAUUCUUCAUGCUGCUCACGUUCCCUGCGUCCUAUCCGGUAAGUAAACUCUUAGAUUACCUCCUCGGACAGGAGAUCGGCACCGUAUACAACCGAGAGAAACUCUUGGAGAUGUUGAGGGUCACGGAUCCAUACAACGACUUAGUGAAGGAGGAGUUGAACAUCAUUCAGGGUGCACUGGAGCUCAGGACUAAGACCGUGGAAGAUGUGAUGACACCGUUGCGCGAUUGCUUCAUGAUCACCGGCGACGCCACGCUGGAUUUCAACACCAUGAGUGAUAUCAUGGAGAGCGGCUACACGCGCAUUCCGGUGUUCGAGGGCGACAGAUCCAAUAUCGUGGACCUGCUGUUCGUGAAGGAUCUGGCGUUUGUGGAUCCCGACGAUUGCACCCCGCUCAAGACGAUCACCAAGUUCUAUAGCCAUCCUUUACAUUUCGUCUUCAACGACACAAAGCUCGACGCUAUGCUGGAGGAGUUCAAGAAAGGUAAAUCCCAUCUGGCAAUAGUACAGCGGGUUAACAAUGAAGGAGAAGGCGACCCAUUCUACGAAGUGCUUGGCAUUAUCACCCUUGAGGACGUAAUUGAAGAAAUCAUCAAGUCUGAAAUCCUGGAUGAGACAGACUUAUAUACUGACAACAAAACAAAAAAGAAAAUCGCCCAUCGAGAGAGGAAGCAGGAUUUCUCGGCUUUCAAGCACAUGGACAGUGAAAUGAAAGUUAAAAUAUCACCUCAGCUUCUACUGGCUACUCUGCGUUUCCUAGCAACAGAAGUUGAGUCUUUCAGCCCAAUCCAGAUGUCUGAGAAGAUCCUUCUGCGUCUCCUCAAGCACCCAAAUGUCAUCCAGGAGCUCAAAUAUAAUGAGAAGAAUAAGAAGGCUCCUGAGCAUUACCUCUUUCACCGCAACAAGCCCGUGGACUAUUUCAUCCUCAUUCUGCAGGGGAAGGUGGAGGUGGAGGCAGGGAAGGAGGGAAUGAAGUUUGAAGCUGGAGCGUUCUCCUCAUAUGGGAUGAUGGCUCUCACUGCUUCUCCAGGGAUAGUAAUUUCCUCAUCCCCAACAAUAGGUCAUGCUGCUCUGCUUUUUUCCCUUUUUUGGUGUGCAGAAAACAAAUCCCCGCCUCGGUCAUUUGGACUGAACCAUUCUGACUCAUUAAACCGUAGUGAGCGGAUUGAAGCCAUCACACCAUCACUGGGCAGCAGUAACAACCAGCUCAAUGCCUUCUUGCAGAUCUACAUGCCAGACUAUUCAGUCAGAGCUGUGUCAGACCUACAGUAUAUUAAGGUGACACGCCAGCAGUAUCAGAAUGCCCUCAUGGCUUCACGCAUAGACAAGACGCCACAGUCCUCAGAGAGCGAAUACACCAAAAUUGAAAUGACUCUGACAGAGCUCCAUGAUGGAGUGACCGAUGAAACAACCGCUCUGUUCAACAAGACACAAAACUGCAUCGCCCACAACAAGUCGAACCAUACAGGCCACAGCGAGGGAGCCGUCUAGCCCUCACAGGGGUGGUGGAGCAAAUUAGAGAGCAGAAAGCACCCUGCUCGCCUGGAGCUGCCUCACCACCCCAAUCUACUCUAAUCUAGUAGUGCUGUACUACUGGGGCCUGGGCUUGGGUUGACCCAAGGCAACAUGGCUCAGUCCCAUUCAUUCAGAUGAACCACACUAUUUAUGUCCCCCAGACCAAAGAGUUUGCAGGAUGGACAUUCAUGUGCUCUGACAAGCCCCUCCAGCAACACUCACACUGCCCCUGUGAUGUUCACAAAAACAAAAACUCCAUUCAGAUGCUCUAACAUGGUAAAUCAAAGACUGUUCCAAAUACUGCUUUGAAGGAAAGUGAACCAAGAGCAUUCCACUUGCAUAUUUAUUUAUUUUGUAUGUGUUUGUAUAUAUGUGCAUGUCUUAGAAAAUAAUUGUUGGCACACCUGUCUAUAAUAUUGUGUGUGUGUGUGCCUCUAUGAGUGUCACUGAUAUCACGCACAUUCCAUAUAAACAUAGUUACAAAUAUCAUUGUAUAUGUACUGGUGAGGGCCUUUUACAUGUAUUUUUCAGAAAUUGGUAUUUUUACUGUUCUUAAUUGGAUAUAUUCCACAGUACCUUUUACAUCAUUUAAAAAUGAAUCAUCAUAUUGCCUUUAAAAAAAAAAAAGAAAAAAAAAAGAAAAAUCAUUAAUUUUUUUAACAAGUGCAAUGAAACACAUUUUAUUUAAAAGAUGAUUUAUCAAGAUUACUGUAUUGUAAAGUAUAGUUAUAUUUGUAUGUUUUUAUUGUAUCAUGUUUGUAUAUUUGUUUGGAGAUAUUUUGGAUUCACUUCCAAGGAUGAACAGGUUUUAUAUGUCUGCUUAAAAAAAAUCUAUCUGCAGUCUAUCAAUGGCACAAUAACUUUAUAUACAGAACUGAAUGCAUUCUUAUUUAAAUUGAAUUACAGACCUGUCAGGACUUUAUGCAAGGGAAAAUCUAUAUGUAUCCAUGCGAUUCCUAACUGAAUCCAUGCCAUAACAGUGAGUCUUUACAAUGCCAGUUCCUGAAAGUCUUUAAAACAACUACUGCAUUAAAUCAUUCUGCCAUUCACACAUAUGUAAGUGAGGUGCCAUAGUGUUUAAAUGGCUGUGCUUGUGUUUAUAACCUGUGUGUGUCUAUUGCUGCCUUCAAUGGUUAUUUGUCUGAACACUGGACAUUCCUGCUACACAUACAGUGAUUUUAAGAAAUGAACACAAAUGUGUUGGUUUGUAAAUUUUUAGACAGGUAAACAGGUUAUAAUGAACCUUUUAUAUUUUCUUUUUUGAACAUCACAACAGUGACCUUGCCAUACUCCAGAAGACCAUUAGUAGCAGUAAGGUUCUGCCAAAAUGUUAGUUUAAGAAAAUAAUGUUUUUAUGCUUAAAUUUUUUUUUUUUUUUUUUUUGUGAAAUUCCAUUUCCUCAAAGACCCAAACUGCUUAACAGGAGUUAAACAAUAGACAGCCCUCUUCUACUCUGUGUUCUGCCUUUUAGAUGGCAGUUGUGUGCCCCUGUUCCUACAAUGUCAGGAUCUGUGGUUGAUCUGAUUUAGGCAGCUUUUAAGAUUAACUUAACUUAUGAACUUAAACCACAGCAGUAAUAUAUUGCUUGUAUUCUAGUAUUUAAACAUGGGUCAGUACCACAGACAACCACUGCUUGGCACUACGGUCUAAUACUUUAAAACUAAACCUACACAUGGUUGUAAUCUUAAAACUUAUGCUCUUUAUACCAAAGAUUUUACUUAAGAGGUGAUAUCAGAGAUUGUUGGGAUUUACUUAGUAGAUUAAGGCCAAUAUUGAUGAUUUUCCUAGACAGAUGCUCAUCUAGGGAAAAAUACAGGCUCUGGCUUUUUACAUUUUUUUUCUAAUUUGCUUUGUUAAUAAAUUAUAGCUACUUUGUAACAAAAAUGUAAACACUAGGGAGGACAAAAAGUUCUAGAGAAAGUGCUAUUAAAUAUUCAUAAGUUUCACUA